AUGGGUGACGCCAAGUCGUCGUGGCCGGAGCUGCUGGGGGCGCCGUCCGAGGUGGCGAAGCAGAAGAUCCUCAGUGACCGCCCGGACGUGCGCGUGUUCAUCGUGCCCGUCGGCAACAACGUCACCGGCGACUUCAACGACAAGCGCGUCCGCGUCUUCGUCAACACCCGCGGCGACCUCGCCAGGGUCCCCAACAUCGGCUAG